AUGAGUUUUGCUAGAAAGAGGAUUGCUCAAGAAAGGUCUGAGUGGCGAAAAGAUCAUCCAGUAGGAUUUUCUGCUAAAUAUGCACCAUCAGAAGAUGGUGAAGGCCAAAAUAUGAUGAGAUGGAUUUGUAAAAUUCCAGGAAAGAAAGGGACUUUAUGGGAAAGUGGUGAAUAUACAUUAAAUGUAUCUUUUCCUGAAGAUUAUCCUGCAAAACCUCCAAAGUGUAUUUUUCAACCACCACUAUUUCAUCCUAAUAUAUAUCCGUCAGGUACAGUUUGCUUGUCUAUCUUAAAUGAAGAUGAAGAUUGGAAACCCUCUAUAACAAUGAAGCAAAUACUACUUGGAAUUCAGGAUUUGCUUGAUAAUCCUAAUAUUAAAUCUCCAGCUCAAGCGGAAUCUUAUCAACUUUAUACAAACAAUAGGAACGAAUAUAAUAGAAGGAUUAAACAACAAGCCAUACAAAAUAGACCCUCAGACUAA